CCGGGCCGCGGGCUUUUCUUCUCCGGCCGAGAGGACGCGGCAGUGACACGGAGAAACACUGGAAGAGAGGUGCAAGUAUUUGAAGAAAUUGGCAGGAGCAGAAGAAAAUUAGGUACUGUGGAUUAUUUUGAGGGGAAGGAAGAUAGUAACUUGGGAUGAUGCUCAAUCAACUGAGCCACUCCAGCCAGCCCAACUCUUAAGAAUUGUCCACAUUGAGUCUCCAGCAAUUCAUCAGUUACAGUUCAGGCUUUCCUACUACUCAUGCAUUGGCUCCUAUGGCAGUUUCUGCUUGUAUGUCUCUACUCUGGUUUCCAAAUUUUCAAAGUUUGAUUGGUCCAAAAGACAUUGUCCUGAUUGGUCAGCAUAGAGCUGCUCUGGAUGGUUGGAGCUGUGCAGACAUUGUGUGGACAGUAAUGACCUCACGUUUCCGUUUGCCUGCUGGCAGAACUUACAAUGUACGAGCAUCAGAGUUGGCCCGAGACAGACAGCAUACAGAAGUGGAUUGCAACAUUCUUCUUCUGGAUAACACUGUACAAGUUUUCAAAGUUAGUAAACAUGAUCAGGGGCAAGUUCUGUUGGAUAUAGUCUUCAAACAUCUUGAUUUGACUGAGCGUGACUAUUUUGGUUUACAGUUGGCUGAUGAUUCCACAGAUAACCCAAGGUGGCUGGAUCCAAACAAACCAAUAAGAAAGCAGCUAAAGAAACUGCUUUUAUUAAUUCUAGGAGGAUCUCCUUACAAUUUGAAUUUCAGAGUCAAAUUUUUUGUAAGUGACCCCAACAAGUUACAAGAAGAAUAUACAAGGUACCAGUAUUUUUUGCAGAUUAAACAAGACAUUCUUACUGGAAGAUUGCCCUGUCCUUAUAAUACUGCUGCCCUUUUGGCUUCAUUUGCUGUUCAGUCUGAACUUGGAGACUACAAUCAGUCAGAAAACUUGCCAGGCUACCUCUCAGAUUAUUCUUUCAUUCCUAAUCAACCUCAAGAUUUUGAAAAAGAUAUUGCAAAAUUACAUCAGCAACAUACAGGCUUAUCUCCUGCAGAAGCAGAAUUUAAUUACCUGAAUACAGCACGUACCUUAGAACUCUAUGGAGUUGAAUUCCACUAUGCAAGGGAUCAAAGUAACAAUGAAAUUAUGAUUGGAGUGAUGUCAGGAGGAAUUCUCAUUUAUAAGAACAGGGUACGAAUGAAUAUCUUUCCAUGGUUGAAGAUUGUAAAAAUUUCGUUUAAGUGCAAACAAUUUUUUAUUCAACUUAGAAAAGAGUUGCAUGAAUCCAGAGAAACCUUAUUGGGAUUUAAUAUGAUGAACUAUAGAGCAUGCAAAAAUUUGUGGAAAGCAUGUGUAGAACAUCACACAUUCUUCCGUUUGGACAGACCACUUCCACCUCAAAAGAAUUUUUUUGCACAUUAUUUUACAUUAGGUUCAAAAUUCCGGUACUGCGGGAGAACUGAAGUCCAGUCAGUUCAGUAUGGCAAAGAAAAAGCAAAUAAGGACAGGGUAUUUGCAAGAUCCCCAAGUAAACCCUUGGCACGAAAAUUAAUGGAUUGGGAAGUAGUAAGCAGAAAUUCAGUAUCUGAUGACAGGUUGGAAACACAAAGCCUUCCAUCACGAACUCCCCCUGGGACGCCUAAUCAUCGAAAUUCUGCAUUCACACAAGAGGGACCCCGGUUACGACCAUCUUCAGUUGGUCAUUUGGUAGACCAUGUGGUUCACAUUUCCCCAAGCGAAGUAUUUGGAAAUCACAGAUCUCCAUCUUCAACACAAGCUAACAGCAUCAUUCUGGAAUCAUCAUCAUCACAAGAGACCCCCGGGGAUGGGCAGCCUCCAGCUUUACCACCCAAACAAUCAAAGAAAAACAGCUGGAACCAAAUUUAUUAUUCACAUUCUGAACAAGAUUUGGAAAACCAUAUUAACGAGGCAUUUGAUGUUCCAUCUUCCCCUGAAAAAUCUACUCCUAAUGGUGGUAUUCCACAAGAUAAUCUGGUUCUAAUCAGAAUGAAACCUGAUGAAAAUGGAAGAUUUGGUUUCAAUGUAAAGGGAGGAUAUGAUCAGAAGAUGCCUGUGAUUGUGUCCCGAGUAGCACCAGGAACACCUGCUGACCUCUGUGUCCCUCGAUUGAAUGAAGGGGACCAAGUUGUACUGAUCAAUGGUCGGGACAUUGCAGAACAUACCCACGACCAGGUUGUCCUGUUUAUUAAAGCUAGCUGUGAGAGACAUUCUGGGGAACUCGUACUUCUAGUCCGGCCUAAUGCUGUCUACGAUGUAGUGGAAGAAAAGCUGGAAACUGAGCCAGACUUCCAGUACAUUCCUGAGAAGGCCCCACUAGAUGGCGCCCAUCAGGAUGACCGUUCCCUGCGGGAAUCAAUGAUCCAGCUAGCUGAGGGGCUUAUCACGGGAACAGUCCUGACACAAUUUGAUCAACUAUAUCGAAAAAAACCUGGAAUGACAAUGUCUUGUGCCAAAUUACCUCAGAAUAUUUCCAAAAAUAGAUACAGAGAUAUUUCGCCUUAUGAUGCUACACGGGUCAUUUUAAAGGGUAAUGAAGACUAUAUCAAUGCAAAUUAUAUAAAUAUGGAAAUUCCUUCUUCUAGCAUUAUAAAUCAGUACAUUGCUUGUCAAGGGCCAUUACCACACACUUGUACAGAUUUUUGGCAGAUGACGUGGGAACAAGGCUCCUCCAUGGUUGUAAUGUUGACCACACAAGUUGAACGUGGCAGAGUGAAGUGCCACCAAUAUUGGCCAGAUCCCACAGGAAGUUCAUCCUAUGGGUGCUACCAAGUCACCUGCCACUCGGAAGAAGGAAACACUGCAUAUAUCUUCAGGAAGAUGACACUAUUUAACCAAGAGAAAAAUGAGAGUCGUCAACUCAUUCAGAUCCAGUAUACAGCCUGGCCUGACCAUGGUGUCCCUGAUGAUUCCAGUGACUUUCUGAACUUCGUUUGUCAUGUACGAAAUAAGAGGGCCGGCAAGGAAGAACCUGUUGUUGUUCAUUGCAGUGCUGGGAUUGGAAGAACUGGGGUUCUUAUUACUAUGGAAACAGCCAUGUGUCUCAUUGAAUGCAAUCAACCAGUUUAUCCACUAGACAUUGUAAGAACAAUGAGAGAUCAACGAGCCAUGAUGAUCCAGACACCUAGUCAAUACAGAUUUGUAUGUGAAGCUAUUUUGAAAGUUUAUGAAGAAGGAUUUGUUAAACCCUUAACAACAUCAUCAAAUAAAUAAGGAAGCAAAAAAUCUGGAGUAUGUGUUAGAAAACUGCUUUCCAAUUAUAUUCACUGUGCCAUAAUACUACUUACAGGAAAUGGCAUCUAAACAAAAAAUGAAGAACUGACAAAAACCGAAAACUUCAGCACUGUUGCACUUUAUGUUUUAAAAAAGUCACUCUCAAAACCUAUAAUUCAUGUGUUUCAAGACUAUUUCAUGCUUUGUUUCGAACAAAUAGUGAAUAACUGAGUAUGUUCAGGGUAACUUAUGAAAUUUUGUAGUGGUGCCAUGCAGACCCCUACUGGAAGAAUUGCCACAAACAAGACUCAGAAUUCUGUCAUCUCUGUUAUACACCUGUACUUUGAAAGCAAAAAGAAGUAAACAUCAAGAGUCAGCUCUGGUGUUUGCAGUGAUUCAUGUACUUACUGUGUUACUUGAUUACCAGAUUUUAUUUUUUAAAUUUUAGCAAUAUCAUUUUCAAUAUUAGCCAAUACACUGCCUAUGGAUGCAGCACAUCUUUCCCUUCACUCCCCCUGUAGAGACCUGCUGUUCAUAAGAAGAAAGGUGGAAUUUGCUUUUCCCAGGAAAUGCUGCACAUUGUCCAUUUACCAGCAUCUUACAGAAAAUAUAAAUAUGAAUCUACAAAUUUUCUUGAAUUUAAUAAUGUAAUAUAUUUACCAUAAGGUUGGCUUAUUCCAAAUCAUGUGAUUUCAUGUACUUAAUAUAAAGGAAUGCAUGUAUUAUGUCUUAACCCCGUAAGUGCCUUGAGACAUCUUUGUAUGUCUAAUGAAGAGGCACUCAUUUGACUCACUAGGAGGUAUGUGUUUAUACUGUACACUUACAUCUUUACACAUUUUUAAUCAGUUCACAUUUGAAAAUAACUUCUUGUAUUGAGAGGUAUGCAGUCAAAGAAGGGUAAGGAAAUAGUGUUUCUUACUCAGACCUUCUAUUUUGUCACUGGAAGCAAAGGUAAUUUGUGUUCUCCUGAGAGCGUUCUGCUGCUAUGGAAUUGUUUAAAUCUGCACAUUCCUUUCCUGAAAGACAAGGCUUACAGUUUAGCAGCUCAAGUUAAAAGUUGCUUUAUUCUUCAAAUUUAUAUUUGUUUUAUCCCUCACUUUAGAAAUGGCAUCUAAUAUGCACAUUAAAGUUAAACAUAUUGAUACUCUAAGCUAGGGUUAGACCAGUUAGUUGCUUAUUUCUAUUACUAAUGGAAUUAUUACUCUUCAGCAUUCAUUUCAGUUCAUAUCACAUUUUGUUCACACUAGUCUAUUAGUUAGGAUACUCCAAACAAGGAAUGAAAAACAUUGUUUGACUUGUUUCAGAGUAUAAUCCCUCAGUUACUGAAAUGAAAUCCUUCGGUAACUGAAAUGAGGAUUUUUCCGGUCAUUUUUGUAUAUUAUUAAGUUACUCCAAUUUACAUAUAGGUUAUAAGCAUAUUAAUUCAUGGAGAAUGUUAGCUGUCCUGCCUGAUGGAGGACCUGAUGCCCUUUUAGGACUUGUAUAUGUUCCUUUUCAGAUGUUUUUAUUUUAAUUUUUAAGUCUGUAGGGAGAUAGCAUUUUAAAAUUGCUAUUUUAAUUUAAGUGGAAAUUUGCUCACCUAUUGAAGUGUUAUAAUUACACAAUUAUUUUAUAUGGAUUAUGGUUGAAAUUGACUUUUACUGGUAUUUUCUGAAUAUUUCAGAAUAGUAUUGAUAAAAUUUAGGACAUUUUAAGAUGCCAUUUAGUAUGAGGAGGGAAAUGUACAUUUUAAAAUCUUCAGUAUAAUCUAAAUGAUGUUCUUUCAGAUAGUCAAAAUCCAAAAUAAUAAAUUUUAGGAAGUUAAGUCCUAAUCAUUAAUAGCCAAGACACCAAAUAAAUUAUUAUUAAAAUAUUUUAAGUUUUCUAAAAAGAAUAGUAAACAUAACCAGUAUGUCUAAGAGAAACUCUUAUCUAUUUCUGAAUUUUAUAGUCAAGACAAUAUAAGAGUAAAUAAACUGUAGUUUUAUUUGAACAUUCCAUUCUCUGACAGCAGGUAAAUGUAAUAUAGGAUGCUAUAUGAUAUGAUGAUCAGUUGAAAAGUGAAAUCAUGUUCAGGUCUACAUAAUUAAAAACAGGGCAGUUUUUUCACAUGAAUUAAAAAGAAAAUUGGUCUGUUUUAUGUGGAUAGAAUAUGAUUAAAAAACAAAUGAUGCAGUUGUAUAGAGAUAAACAGAUAAGUGGCAUGGUUGGCAUGUUCUUUAGGGCUAAAUGUUUAUACUUCUGAGAUUCAUAAUUGUUGGCAAUGAGCACUGCUGCCCUUUUUAACAGUUAAGGCCAGUGUUUAAGUCCCGCAUAUAUCAAUUGUUCAUUUGGGAGGUGUUCUCUAUCAGUAUUGUGAUGUACAAAAAAAAUGCUUUUAGAGGCACAUUUAUUGGGGUAUUAAAUUUUAAAAUAUGCUAAUUAUGCUUCCCUGUUCACUCAAUAGAUACGACUUUAUCCAUUAUACCUAAGAAUUUUUAACCUGCUUAUUGAUCUAUGUAGGGUUCUAGAAUCAUCCUAGCUUUGGUACACCAAGUAGGUCUAGAUUUCACUCAUAUCAUGUAACAUCAAGUGAUAAAAAUGCCAGAUUUCUUGUAUCUAAACUACUGCCCCCUCCCUUUACCCCCAGUCAAUCAACAUUGACUGUUACUCUCACAAGUAGAAAUAGUUAUUUGUGAACCAGGGGCUUUUUUAAAGGCUAAGAAAUGUUUGUGAAAACCUUUCCUCUCUGAUUUACGGUGGUUUUAUGAUGUUCAUCUCAAAUGUAUGUUGGAGCAUCUGAUUUGUGUCAGCACUCACUACACAGGAUGAGGAAUCUUUUGGAAUAGACUUUACAUUCACAAAAAGGAUUGGCAGUAUUUGUUAGCUGGUGCACUCAUUCAAAAUAGUUGCAGAGUAGCAGCAUCUGUUUUGAUUUUCUUUGUGUGGCCUCCUUUUUAACUGUACAGUUGUCUAUCAUUUGUUGGCAGGUCUGAUCAGGUCUAAUCAGGUAUUUGAGCAAAAGCCUGUUUCCACUGGCAGCACUAUGUACAUUAGAGAUUUUAUCUAAUUUCACUGUUAUUUUAGGCAACGUGUGAUUAUCAUAAAUUCUCAUGAAUUUUAGGGUUUUAGCGCAAGCAUUAUAUUUAAGCAGUGAUUUCACUGAUGUCACUUAGUUUAGAAAAUAACUAGACUUUUCGAAGUGGUCCUCAUUGGGACCUGAUCCAGUUUGCUAGCCAUGCUUCCUUGACAAAUCAUAAGCUUUUGUGAGGUAUUUAAGCUGUAUGUGCAGUGUAAAAACAUUCUAAGUGCAAAUUAGAAGGCUAAUAUUUAAAAACACAACAUAAAACUAAGAUUUAGAAUAUAUUCCACUUGCAAUCAAUUUAUGUGCAUAAUAUGAACAUGUAGUAGAAUUUUAAAGCAUUAUUUGUUUUAUAAUCUUACUAGGAAGAACGAAGGAAACAAUUUUUAACAGUGUUCUAUUUAAUAUCUGUGUUUUGAAUGUUUAAAAUAUUCUGACGGCAAGGUUGCCAAAGUAGGUUUGAAUUCAUAAAAAUUAUUUAUACCACAGUAAUAUGGGGUAAGUUUACAUCUCUUUCAUUUGUUGUGAUUAUUUUGUAGUUCAGGUGAAUUUUGAUUUAAAGUCCCUUAGAGUAAUACAUUAUGGUAAAUAUUUGUUGGAAUAAACAUCUCUUAGUAACAUGACAAGACCAAGAUAAAUUAUGCCACAGUGUGCUUUUAUGUAAUUGUCACAUCCACAAAGUGACUUUAUUAACAUUGCUUACUUCCCGUUUGCUUCAACUAUCCCACCACUGUCCUUGCAGCAUUUGUGUUUGUUGUUUCCUCCAAGUGAAAUAGCUCUGUUCAUUAAAACCCACUGGAUUAAUUGAAUCAAAUAUCAGAAUUACUGAUACAUUGACAAAAAUUUAUAGGUGCCUCAGUGUGAUCACAACACAAGCAACCAUUUUGUAAAGUUCUUUGAGAGUUACAUAGAAACACACUUACAUAAUAAAACAUUUUAGGGCUAACUGCUAAUAGAUAAUUUCAGCAAUUUUAUAAAGAGCUCGUGAAAUGAAUCUCUAAAUUGAAUUUUGGGGGUUCAGCUUUCUUUACAAUAUCUACAACUAUCAUCAACACCAUUUUUUGUAUACAGAUUUCAUUCUUAGUAGCAAUUACAAUAAGCCUUUCAAUGUUAUCAAAAACUAGCCCUAUUUCAGUCAGAAAUUAGACAUUUUAUUUCCAUAAUCUUGGUGAAAAUACCAAUUGUUAUUUCUGUUUCCUAUUUAAAUUUGCUGCUAUUUAUUUGCAUGUUUUUUUCUGUGGCAGUUUCCUGUUGAUUUCUAAAGUUUAAUAUUCAUUGUUUUCAUUUUAGUAAUGCACGCUAAAUGGGCAGCCAGAAGUAGUAUCUGCUGGGGUGCAGUUCAUCAACGCUGACUAUAAUGGCUCAUUACCUAAAUAAGUCAGCUGAUCUUUUUUAAAUUUACAAAGUGAAAGGUAUUAGUAAUGGUUCAAGUUAAAGGCUACAAUUUUAGGGGGAAAUCCUAAUGUUUAACUUCCUGAAACCUUUCAAAAUUUAAAGUACAGGAAUGAAAACGUUUUAAAACCUUGUACUCAUAGAAGUUUUAGUUAAAUACUGUCAAAUUUUCCUAUUGUAGUAUAAAUGAUAUAGAAAAUAUUUUUCUAUGGGCAAAAGAUUGAAACUUAACUUUUACUUUGUUGUUUAAAAAGGAAAAAUGAUAUGUAUGUCUCAUGCUGUAAAAAAAAAUGAAUGUAUCUUUUAAUGUUAUGAGAAUUGUGACUUGAUUAUAGGGAUACUCUUUGGUUUAAAAAAAAAAAAAAAAAAAGUCAGUGAGGGAUUAAAAAGAAAAGGAAGAGUGUAUUCCAUUCCAUUACAGAAAAUUCAAUUUUAGAAGAAAAUGUAAUUUCAUUAUAAAGAAGAGCAGUCAUUGCCCUAACCAGUUUGGCUCAGUGGAUGGAGCGCCAGCCUAAGGACCAAAAGGUCCUGGAUUUGAUUCCGGUCCAGGGCACAUACCUUGGUUUCAGGCUUCUCCCCCAACUCUGGCCCUGUCAAGGGCUCCUGCAGAAGAAGGUAACCAAUCACUGUUUCUCUCACAUCGAUGUUUCUCUCUGUCUUUCCCUCUCUCUGUCACUCUCCCUAAAAAUCAAUGGGAAAAUACCCUCUGGUGAAGAUUAACAAAAUAAGUAAGCGCAGUCAUUGUUGAGGCAUAUUUCAAAUUAAUAUGCUUUUUUUUUUCAUUUUUGCUUUGUUUUAGCUCUAGAAUAGGAACUUUCAAGAAAAUGUUUGCAUACUGUUUUUAAAUGUAAUGCAACUGAAGUCUAGAUUUCUCCAGUGUGAAAGGUUCAUUUCGUGUGAGGGAAAACGUUCUGCUGACUUGUUGAUCAUGAAGGAAAGUUCUCAGGCUUUGUCACUUCUGCAGCUGCAAUGAGGACAUCACCGUGAGAGAUUGACUGAUGAAGCCAGAAAACCAUGCCUAAGAUCCAGCAUGGUGAAUUGUGCAGAGGCCGCUGACGAAGAGUUUUGCCUUUUUAUUCUCAGUAUCAUACAGAUAAGCCCAACUCUGACUUGUCUUAAAUGUUUAAGGGUUAAGUCAACUGAGCAAAACACAACCAAGUUCCCUUCCUUCCUCCCCUUCACCCCUCGUCCCUUGUAUUUUAAGCUAACAUCUUUAGGUAUGAUGGACUUGUUCAACAAUUUCUUUAAAGGGUAGUAUUUAUUUGUUACUUAUUAAACUUGACUCAGUGGGGCCUUGAUUCUUUUGACACCUCGCUUCCACCCUCCAACUUGUAAAACAAAAUCAUUACUUUCCCUUUCACAGCUGAGUCUUUGUGAAGUACCCUGAGCAACUGAGGUGAUCUCUUCCUUCAUUAACUUUUGUUAACAGUUAUUAAAAGAUCAGUCUCAGGGCCCUUUAACCCUGGGAGUUUCCAAAUUUAGUGAUAUUAUUUGUGACAACUUUAAAAUGCCACACUGCUAAAGGAAAUGGUCACCAAAAAGCCAUCAAAGGGGCUCACCCCUGCUUACAGUCUUAGUCCCAAUAGGCACUGAUUGGUGGUUUUCCCAAAUCUACUGUAGUCACAGUUGAGCCCAUUUUACCUUAUACUUAAAAGAAGCUUUUAGUUUUUACUUUGAAUUAGUGUUCCAGUUAUUUGCCUUCCUGGGCAAGAAAAUUUCAACCCAAUUCUGGGAUUCUCUUGCCCCCAUCUUUAGUGAUUUGGCAAGAUUUUUCAUUUUUUCUUGUAUUCUGUAGAGUAGGCCAUAUUUUAAUACUGAAAUUGAUUCCUUGAAUUUCAAAUAGGAGCACUUUAUUUCAUGCUUACUACUGACUUAAUUUAUGCAUAUAAAAAUAUCCUAGGAGUCUUGUAAAUAUGGAAAAAAUGUAAUGGGUUAGUAUGUAGAGGUCAUUGGAUUGGACCCAAGUUUAAAUGCUUUACAAUGAUCCCUCUCUCGCUUUUUUAAUGAUCUCUUGGUCAUUUGAUAUUUAAAAGGUAACUGUGUGAUAUUUAGCUUUUCCGCUUCUCUGUGAUUUAGUACAAUAGAGGCUGCCCCGUUGACUGUUGUUGCUGGACACUGAGUUCUCACCUAGCUUCGGCCAAGUCAUUUCUGCUUUGCAUUUUUGUACAUUACAUAAAUAUGUUUGUUUAGAUUUGUGUUAUACUUAGGGGUAAAGUCAAAACUUCACCACAAGUUGAAGGGGGCAGAAACCUGACACAUCAGAUACGUGUCCAGGGGCAGGUUUAAGAGAGUGAAGGCAGUUUACAUUAAGCUGUUUUCACUUUCCUGUCAUUCGAAUAUAUGUGCUUAAGAAACUAAAACUGCCCAACUCAGUGUUUCUAUAGCGCCGUGCCGUUGCACUUACAAUCUAUGUUGUAAUCUUUUCCAAUAAGAAAAGCUACUCUUUAUUUUCUGCAGUGUAGGCUUAAUUUUAUGACAAGUAGUUUACUGUAUAUUCAUUGGUGGUGUUUAUAAUUCUAUGUAAGGGUGUUUUAAUUUGGAAUUGUUUUCUUGUAACAGGUGCUAUAUGUAAAUAUAAAGGGCAAAAAGUAUCUUAAAAGUCUAGUUUAUUUCCUAAUUAAAACAUAGUUUUACAUUUCUGCUGCCAUUUCAUAUUUCACUGUACUGAACUUGUAGCAAAUGGAAUUAUCUCCCUAAUUUUUUAAACUAACUCCUCUCCCACCCUACAAAAAUAUAUCUCCCUAAAUAGGGUUUGUCCCCUAAUUAAGAGGCAAAGAAGCUUAGGGUUGUUUUUGUUUUGUUUUUUUAAUGUGUAAGCUUGAAUUUGGUCAACACUGGGUAAUUUGAAAUCACUGUGUUUGUCAUGUAACUUACUGAAUGCUUGAAAGGCCUGUGUAGCUAUCUGUUUUAAUAUCAGUGGAAUUAUAACCUCUACUGUUAAUUCAUGUAAAAUACCUAGAAUACUAGCAGCAAACAGGAUUAAAAUGCAUUGAAACUGUUUUAGUCCUAAGAUGACUUAUGUUAUAUAAAAUGCUGUGACAUGUAUUUUAUUGGCCAUUUUCAUUUGAUUGAGAAAUAGUUGUCCAGGUAUUAAUACAAACAUGAAAAAAACUCUAGCUGUGACUUUUAAUUAUUCAAUUGCUAAAUAAAGAUGUGCUUUAGUAAUUUAAA